AUGGGGCAGGCAGGAAUGCAGCACACAGGAAUCGCCCUCUUUGCCUUAGUUGCCUGCGUGGCCCUUCGUGCCUCGGAAGCCAUACUUCCCAUUGCCUCCAGCUGCUGCACCGAGGUUUCACAUCAUAUUUCCAGAAGGCUUCUGGAAAGAGUGACUAUGUGUCGCAUUCAGAGGGCUGAUGGAGACUGUGACCUGGCCGCUGUCAUUCUUCAUGUCAGGCGCAGGAGAGUCUGUGUCAGCCCACACAACCAUACUGUUAAGCAGUGGAUGAAGGCACAAGAAGCCAAGAAAAAUGCUAAAGGCAACAUUUGCCAUAAGAAGAAUCACCACAGCAAGAGGACCAGUAAAGGGGUACAUCAAGGGAAACAUGAGUCACGUGGCCAUAAAACUCUUUAUUAG